GCAUUUUAAAGUACGUUUUCUUAAUUGGAAACAAAUCAAACGCGAAAUGCAAAAUCUGUAAAUAAUACACAAGAAAAAGAAAACCGUAUUUUUAAGUGAAAAAGUGAAAAGUCUAUAGUGCAAUUAUGUUUCUGCCCGAAACCGCCACCUUCUGCAUCACCCUGCUGGUCUAUGGAGCCAUCCUCCUGCUCCUGAUUUACUAUGUUUUGACGCUGGCGGAUCUGGAGUGCGACUAUCUGAAUGCCCAGGAAUGCUGCCGGCGCCUCAACUUCUGGGUAAUACCCAAAUUCGGAUCCCACGCCCUGCUCUGCAUCCUGCUGCUCCUCGGAGGCCACUGGCUGAUGUUUCUGGCCAACCUGCCGAUGGUCAUUUGGCUGUUCUACGAGCUCCAUCGCCAGCGACGCGAUAGCCUGGGAGUCUACGAUCCGGUGGACAUCCACAGUCGGGGACUGCUGAAGGUUCACCUGAGGAAUUGUAUGAUUUACCUGGGCUACUACUUCGUCAUGUUCUUCGUGGCUUUGUACUGCCUCAUUUCAUCGCUGAUCAAGGGGGAUCCCAUCAAGCGUUACGAGGACGACGAAAUAGUCACGGAUUUCUGAAGUUUAGCCAAAUAAGCCUGCAUCCCAGGGGCUUCCAGCGUAUUCCUUUAACCCAGACCAAACUACAAUAGUUUCUACUUCGCCUGAAAGCAAGAGAGACUCGCAUUCGACAUGUUUCCUUAUAAACUUUCGCAGAAUUUGAUAGA